AUGGAUAGAUCCAUUUACGAGGCCUGCGGUGAACUAGUGGAACAAUACGGCCGCAAAGUAAGCGCAGAUGAAAUUCUGUCGCAAAAGAUCAACAACUUGGUGCCGAUCCCUUUCAAAUCCAGAGAAGACCUCGAAUUAGCCGCCGUAGCCGACAAAGAAGCAGGCGUGUUUUCGGGCGAUUUGAUACCACAAAUCGACCUCAAGGUGCUGCACUACUACGCAACACAGCUCAUUGUGCAGAAAUACCCUCACUUGAUCAACUGUUUCGACGAAACCGCGUUGAUCACCCUUGGACUUUUGGUCGAAAAAUGGGUCAACGACUACUUGAAACAAGAACAAAGUGCCCCCAGCAAUCCUGCAGAGCUUAUAUCCAAGAAAACCAACUACAGACAGUCUCCUUCUGACAUCUAA